AUGAUUACAAUACCAAUUCGAAAAUUGGAACCGUUUUUGAAGAAAUCAAACAGCACCGAUUUGUACACUGAAAGCGCAAAUGGAAGUUCUUCAACGAUGGAAACGAGUUUUGUUAACCUUGACUCCGAUAUCUAUAUCGUGCAUUCGUCAGAUUUAAUCAGUCUCUUUCGGUUGAAACUUGCUUCAAAAGAAGAACGGAAAGAAGAUGCCACUUGUCGCAUCUGGGAUAUGCUCAAUGUCAAUGACAAUGCCUUUGAAUCCCAAGUUUGUCAAACGCACUGGAAUGGCGAUAGGUACUACGAGUGUCGAUGUACCCCAUCAAGAUCUGGCACAUUUGCUGUUGGAUUGGUCUACAUUUUGAGCAGUAAGGACUUGAAGUUGUGUAAACUUUGA